AUGCUGGCUUCUAGGGCGUCCUUCAGCAGCAGCACAUCAUUGCCCCGGUCGUCGACUUCUCCCCCAGCCUCCUUCCCCAGCUCUGAUUGGCUGGCCCGCCGAGGCCUUCUCCUUGUUUCUUCCUCUCCUUUGAUCAUCGACGACUCCAGCAAAACCUUUGCCUGCAGCUGCCUCCAAGAGUCGAGCCACGGCCCAGACGAAGACCAUCACGAAGACUACGAGGCUGACGAUCCUGCUGCUGCUGCUGCCGCCGCCAUCACCACCAUCCCCGAUUCAUCGCCAGGCCUUCUUGGCGCAGCCGAGUCAAUCUUAGCGACGACAAAUCACACUCAUCGCAUUCCUCCAUCCGCGUCACUCUCUGCAUCUGCGCCUGCGUCUCCACGGCACCACCAACGCCAGCUCCGUGCGCUGGCAGCUAGCGUCGAGUCUUUUGGACACAACCAACACCAUUACGACGACGGGAUCAUCUCCAUCUGCGAUCACCGCCAUCAACGCGGUCGUCUCGGCGGCCGUGCCGACAUCCUGCUUCCCACGGAUCCUCCACUCUCCCGAGCGCCUCCCUCCAAGCCCGUCCCGGCCACCGUAGUAGAUGCCCCGGGCAACAACCCUCAUUUCUCGAGCCUCGACCCUCCCAAGCCCGCGUAUCCCGGAACUGGCUCAGCCUCUGCCAAUCUAGCCGCCGACGCCGCCGCCGCCGCCCUGCAUUCACAGCACGCUCCCAGACGACCACCCACCGACCGUCAUCAAGAGCCUGCCCUCCGUCAUUCGCCUUUCCACCCACGACAGGGUACUGCUCCCUCUACGCGCCGUGCCCGCCGACUGUCUGCCGUUCGCCUGUGGAAUCCCACAAACUCGACCCCUCGACCUCACACUCUUCGCAAACGCCGCCCUUCAACACCACCGCCUCCAUCCGUACCCCUCCAGCAUCCUACUCUCGACAACGUUCUGCCCGAUCCCGUAGGAGCCGGUCCUAGCGAUUAUCCCCUCCUCACACUCCCCGAGCAGCGUCAGACCCGCCACUCUCUAUCGGCCCGUGCCAGCCUCCAGGUUGAUCGGACUGGAAGUAGUGAUAAACGAGUGAGCCUUCCAUCGUCAGUUCGCGCUUCCUACGACGAGACGCGAUCUCGUCGUGGUGUCGCUUCAGCCGGAGAAUCCGAACCUCGACCCAGCAAAGUACCUGCAGAAGGGGACAUCGUGGAAGACGCACCCGUCAAACUCGACAAGGGAAAGGGAAAGGCUGUAAUGAUGCCGGAGAACGAUGAUCCAAUGCCGUCCUUCGGCAAGGACCUGGAACGGGGUCCCGACAUAAUGGACCCCCGAAUUUCCAAUGUCUCGGCCGGGGAUGGCAUCGGAUCGGCCCUCUCAUCAACGGAUUCUUCCAUUAUGGGUGAAGAAGUUGAGCCAGAUGCGGCUGGUGAAUGGGGACCUCAACAUCCCUGCUACCCUCACCUGAACCCUCACGUCCCUAUCGACUCACCCGAGUAUGUCAACACGCGCAUCAUUCGGAUACGACGCGACUGGCUGAUCCAGGGCGAUUUGGCGCCUACCUUUUCCAACUUGUACCCUGAGAUCCUGGAUCCUGCUGGCCUUUCGGAGCAAGAAUUUCGUCGGAUCAUUGAGAAGCUCAACGGUGAACUGAUACCGGCGUUCAACCCCUACGGAAUGAGAAAUAUCUUGGAUAGCCUACUAGGACUCGUGACAGGCUGGAUCUGGGACGACCUAGGUCUAACUGGGAUCAAGUCUCGGCUGAAUGGCCUCGAGAAAUGGAUUGAGCAAUGGAACCUUGACAUGGAAAAGGCCAUGGGGUCUGAAGAUGGAGCCAUGGCGCCCAAGCUUAUGCCCCUUCGGCAAACAGGCUACAUGACUCUUGAUAUCCAGAUCCCAGAUCCAGAGAUUGCUCCGGCUCCCAGCACCACCAACCCCGGCGACUCGAGAACAGCCUUACCUCUAGACCCAAUCCCGGCCAUCAUGGCUUGA